AAAAAAAAAAAAAAACUGGAAAAUCCCUAUUGACGACAGAAACUCCAUUGAAACUGCAGAAGCAAGCUUAUUCUCAGAGUCUCACUCUCCUCUCCUCGUCCUCAACCAAUCCAACAUACCCAUCUUUCAUUCUCACUAUCAGCAAAGCGGCACACCCAGUAGGAGUGAAACGUACAAUUUCAUAUUUUGGUUGGAGCUGAAGAGAAAAGACAUAGGCUUCUGUGGUAAUAUCCUUCACCCUAUUUCUCAUAGAAGUUAUGGAGGAAGAAGAAGCUAUCUUGAGCUUCCAAUUUCUGUUCAGUCUGUCGAAAGUGUGAGAAAGGAAAUAACAACAUUAAAGAGGAAGGUAUAGGUAGAGGCAGAGGCGGCUAUCAUGGAAGAAGAUUUCAAUGGCUGUAGCCCUAAGAUUAGAAUUUCAAAGUUUGAUUACUCAGUAGAGAAUCAUUUAAACGCCAUGGAUAAAAUAUCUGAGCUUUGUGGAGAGGUAGUGAAGGAAAGUAGUGGACUCGAUGAGUACGAAACUUUAUCGUCCUCAAUCACUUUCUUAAAAGAAUGGAGGAGGGUAUUUAAUUAUGAACCAAGAGAUGUAAAUUUCGCAUGUGAAGCUGAAGGUGUUGCUAGUAGAAUCAACUUGCCACAAUUUUCAUCAGCAACAGUUCCUCAAGAGAGGCUACCUGGGAAUGUUAGUUCUAGGGAGCCUAAAGACUUUAUAUUAUAUGUUGGAGGGUCUGUUUGGGGUUUGGAUUGGUGUCCAAGAGUCCAUGAGAAUCCUGAAUCUAGUUUUAAAUGUGAGUUCAUUGCUAUUGCUGCUCAUCCUCCUGGAUCUUCUUAUCAAAAGAUAGGUGCCCCACUUUCUGGAAAAGGACUCGUUCAAAUAUGGUCUCUUUUAAAUAUUUGUGAGAAAGAGGCAGAGAUUCCUCCUAUGGAAAAGCCAAAACGAGGGCGUAAGAAAAGUGCCGUCACCAACACAGAACCAAAUGUAAUAAAGAGGCCUAGAGGAAGACCUAGGAAGACCCCACUAAUAGAACAUACAACUGCUGGGAUGGAUGGCAAAGACCUAUAUAUUGAACCUUUCUGCACCCAAGUUUCAGAGAAUUCUUCCAACUUGUUCGCCAUUGAAGGUGUUCCUAGCUAUACUCAAGAAGUUUCUCCAUUAGAAAACAUCGGUAAACAAAUACAAGGGAAUUCUGGAGAGGAUCAUCGAGGAAGUAAUGCCUCAAAUGAACCCAUCUGCACCGAAAGUUUAGAGAAUCCUUCGAACUUGCUUGCCAGUGAAGGUGUUCCUAGCUAUACUCAAGAAGUUUCUCCAUUAGAAAACAUUGUUCAGCAAAUACAAGGGAAAUCUGGAGAGGAUCAUAGAGGCAGUAAUGCCUCAAAUGAUGGUAAAUUUGAAACUAGCCCGACUAGUAGUUCUAUUCCAAACGAUGUUGCUCUGCCUAGAGUUGUGUUCUGCCUAGCUCACAAUGGAAGGGUUGUAUGGGAUUUGAAAUGGCGGCCUUCUAACGCAAAUGAUCCCUCUUGCAAGUAUCGAAUGGGCUUUCUUGCUGUCUUAUUAGGAAAUGGAUCUUUAGAAGUGUGGGAGGUUCCUCACCCUAAUACUAUUAAAAUGCUCUAUACUUCUUUGCACAGGGAAGGCAGUGAUCCUCGUUUUGUAAAAUUGAAACCCGUAUUCAAGGGCUCGAUUUUGAAAUCUGGUGGCAUACAAAGCAUUCCUCUUACAGUGGAAUGGUCAACUUCACCUCCUCAUGAAUACUUACUUGUUGGUUGCCACGAUGGGACGGUUGCUAUAUGGAAAUUCUCAGAGAAUGUUUCCUCCAAAGAAACUAGGCCUUUGCUUUGCUUCAGUGCAGAUACAGCUCCUAUUAGAUCAGUUGGCUGGGCUCCAGUGGAGACUGAUUCAGAGGGUUCAAAUGUUAUAUUAACUGCGGGACAUGGAGGCUUAAAAUUCUGGGACAUUCGGGAUCCAUUCCGUCCUCUGUGGGAAAUUCAUCCAGCGCCAAAGAAUAUAUAUAGUGCGGAUUGGCUUGCUGAUCCAAGAUGUAUUAUUUUAUCCUCUGAUGAUGGAACAAUGAGAACACUCAGCUUAACAAAAGCUUCUUAUGAUGUACCUGCCACCGGGAAACCAUUUACUGGUACGAAACAGCAAGGGUUGCACGCUUAUUUUUGUUUAUCCUUCGCUAUUUGGAGCGUUCACGUUUCAAGAGAAACAAGUAUUGUUGCAUAUUGCAGUGCAGAUGGAAAUGUUAUUUGUUUUCAGCUUACAACAAAAGCGGUAGACAGAGAUCAUUCUCGUAACCGUGCUCCACAUUUCCUGUGUGGUUCACUGACUGAAGUUGAAUCUAUUGUUACAAUCAACACUGUGGUACCUGAUAAUCCUGUCCAUGUACUUUUGAAGAAGUCACUCAGCGGGGAUAAUCCACUCGCAUUGCGAGAUGUCUUAACAAGGGCGAAUCAAGCAAAGCAAGAAGAUGAUGACAAGAUGGAAAACCAAACUUCAGCUCUUUGUUUAGGCAAUGAUUUGAGAGUCGAAUCCGAUCAUGAGGAAGAAACAUCAGCUUUGCUCAAGAGGAAGAAACCUACAAAACACGCAGAAGAGAAGCUGGCGGUGAUGUCUAUAGAUGAUGAAGCAAGAAGCUCACAGAAAAAAGAGAUCGAGAAAGUUAGUAAAUUUGAGGUUAUGCCUUCGAAAGCUGUUGCCAUGCAUAGAGUGAGAUGGAACAUGAACAAGGGCAGUGAGAAAUGGUUGUGCUCUGGCGGGGCUGCUGGAAUCGUUCGCUGUCAAGAGAUUGUUUUAUCAGAUAUCGAAAGAAAUAGGGUCAUGAAAAAAUAAGAUUAGCUUGUGGUUUUGCGCAGUUUGGUUAGAUAGCAGAGUUUUUUAGGAUAAAGAAGUUGCAGCAGAGGUUUUGUGGGAGAAGUUCUGUGUUGCAAAGGAUUAUCUUUCGUUGAUCUGAGCAGAGAUUAAGGAAGUUUUUUGUAGUAAAGUGUUUAAAUUUCUGCUGUUUUAUUUGUACAUAACUGUUACUUUGGUAUGCAUUUAAGUAUUUUGUUAAGAAACAAUGUAGUGGCAAAAGAAAAGGCAAAAUAUUUCUAUUUCCCUUUAAAUUGUAAUCAUUGUUUUGAGAAAUGAUUACUACUCAUGUACCUUAUAUGAAUCCUCAUUAUAAUUAUGGUUAUGAUAAAAUAAAUUCAAAAUGA